GAAACCAUCCGUUUCGCUGUUGCUCGCGAUGAAUUCAUGGGUGGGUGGGUGUGUGUGGAGAAAUUGGCUUAUCGUUUGCGCAUCCGAGUGCUGUUCUCCUUCACAGAUGGCGCCAUCUUUUUGGGAUGCUUCCUUUCCUUUCCAUCUUUUUCUCUAACCUAGUUUGAUAUCGGGUGGGUGUCGGCAGUGACGGCGCUUCUGCAUCCCUACACUCCCGCCUGCCGAGUUCGAAUUAAAUCCGUGUGAACCCAGGCCAAACCCAAACCGGUAUCCACACACCCUAACCCUCUACGCCCUCCUACCAACCCCUAACUCAUCCUUUGCCGCCCUGGAGUUCGCAACAGGCCUGAUUUUUUUCGAUGCCCUGCACUUAGGCUCCCACAUCUGCAUCUCUACGAGUACUCACAUCUUCGACCUCUACUCGAGUAUUCACCCUCUUCUCCCUCGGGAAUUCCUGCAAACCGAGACAAACCCUCCCCCACCGCACUCCUAAUAACCGCGUAAGCCACAUCCUUACUAGCCUCCCUAAUAUCUGCCACAUCGGGCAACAGUGGCGCAUCCGGAUCCUUCAGCGUAGGCGCGUCCUCCGCGAGGCGCCUAAUCGCGGCAAGAAGCAUCCUAUUCGAGAUCCUGUCCGUGCGUGAGAGCACAGCACCGAGACCGAUGCCGGGGAAGGCGGUAGCGUUAUUGCACUCGGCAAUGUAUAGGGUUUCCUGGUUUUUCCGAGCAUGACGGGGGGGAAGGGCGGGCCGGUAGCUAGCAGCGCUUUCCCAUCGGUCUAUGCGAGCACGUCCGAGGGGCAUGCCAUGUCGACGGAGGCGAAGUUGGGGUCUGUAGCGGUGUAGGUCUUUUGCGCCAGGGUUAGAGUUGAAGAGCAUGAGCGCAAGGGGAGACCUUGUUUUUCCACUAACCUAGCCUAGAAGUCGGGUUAGUAUCAUGUUUUCUGAAGCAAGCGUGGCUUUAGGGAGGCGAUACCAGAUCUGUUUAAUUGCCUCCUCUUUAGAUUUCCCGCCUUCAAUCACUGCGUCGCGAAAUUGAUCUGCGAUGUCUAUCAACCCUUCCCAGCACCUCGUUCCUAGGGCCAUGAGCGGUACACCAUAUCAGUCCCUGCAGUCCCUACACCGUAUACCAGAGUGCACAGGUCGAGCGACUCCACCUUUACUACCCAUACCGCCGUAGUUAUAACGGCCAUAGUCAUGAUGGCAGUUCCCUGAAUAUCGUCGUUAAUGCAGGCCAUUUCCGGUCUGUGCUUUUCCAACAGCCUCCCUGCAUUCCCUAGGCCAAAGUCCCCAAAGUGGAGGGUGGCUUUGGGGAAGAGUUUACGAACCGCCUCUACGAAGGUGUCUACAAAGUCGCCCGCCACCAAAUAUACGAGCGAGGGCCCAAGGGGGAGUUCAUAGCACGAAGGGGGAAAGGGGAAUCAUAUUCUCUUCCGCGAACUCGGAGUUGGCGGAGGCCGAGGUAGGGUUCAUCGCCGAGGAGAUCCGGGUUCUGUGGUUGGUUAGUGUUAUUUUAUUGGCCUUGGGUCCAGGGAGGGUGAAAUCGAGGUCUGCAGUACGUCUGUUCCACAGUCGAGGACUACUGGAAGGGUUCUAAGCUGCAUUAUGAGUCCUCCACGCCCAAUACCUGAUACCACGGGACGCCGGUGAAUAAGUUACCUGUUUGGACGCACCUAUCCAACACAGACAUCACACCUAUACCAGUUCGACUACAUCUCUAGCGCAAAUCCCAACCAACGAUGCAUACCCCACCACACAAUGUCAUAAGCACCAGCUUUGCAAUACUAAUCCCAAUCCCUGGAAUCUACACCCCCUCCCUCGGCAUUAGCCCUUGCCUCUCUUCCUCUUUCUCAGACCUGACUGAUGACCACUCACCUCCUCUCUAUUUGAAACUACACUAAACUUCAUCAACCCUCUCCCUCCCCCCAAUGCCCCACAAAAACUGGUGCAGGGGAAAACAAAACUCGUCGUCCGGCCUCCGAAACAUCCUCGGGUAAUCCCUGAUAGCCCCCCCCCCUGGCCGGCGGCAUUUCCUUAACGUUCCUGGCUAGGAGGUCAUAACACAGAACCUCAUUCUGCUCCUUCAUACUGGUCAGGAGAGCAUUCUUAACGAUGUCGCGAUCACAAGCGCGGUACUGGGUGUGGACACGCUCGAUUAGCUGGUCUAGAAUCUGGAUGGUGCUCGGGAGAAGGGUCUCCCUGGGCGAAAGUUGCGCUUGGUUUCGGCGAAGGCUGAGUCCCCACCGAAUGUUGGGUCGAAGGGAGGGCCUUGCCCCGGGGGUGAGGUUAGCUGGGGUAUAAUACGAGGGAAGAGGAGGGGAGAACUUCUAGGGCGCAGGAUAGGGGGUAGAGUUGUGGAAUGUGCAUCUCCUUUCCUUUCUUUUGUGAUGGCGGUCUCACAUGCUUCGGGGAAAGUAGUGUGCUGUGCCAAAGCGG